AUGAGCCCUUUUCCGGCCUCAGGAACUGCCACUGUGCCGAGCCCUGCCCCAUCUUCAUCUUCGGUGGCUAGUUCGCCUUCCAGUGCGAUUGCCAAAAAAAAGGCUUCGGCCGUUGUUGCCGCCGGUCCACAGCUCCCCCGGCCAUACAAAUGUCCGUUGUGUGACAAAGCUUUUCACCGAUUGGAACAUCAGACGAGACAUAUACGCACCCACACGGGUGAAAAACCUCACCAGUGCAAUUAUCCGGGCUGUUUCAAGAAGUUUUCUAGGUCCGACGAAUUAACCAGGCACUCUCGAAUUCACAACAAUCCGAACUCGAGGAAAAGGCUUCAGACAGUCAAGUCCAAUGGUUCGCUGAACUCGGUGUCAAGUGGUUCUUCACCAUCUACUCCCCAGCAAAGAAACACAAGUCCUACGAGCAAGAAACAAGUCAAGAAGGAAAAAGGAAGCAAUCCUGAUUCGGAGGACGAGCUUGACGAGGCCGACUUGCCGCAGCACCAGCAGCAGUACGGAGACGAAUCGGUUAAAAGAGAAUCCGAUUCUGAGUCAGAUGAGAACGAAAACGAGAGUAGUGAUGAGAAGCUGACAAUUCCAAUGGGCAGUUCUUCGAAGCUGGAUAUAGACAUUCUUGCGACUGCCGCGUCUCAAGAGCUGGACAAUUUGCAGAAAGAUGAAAAGAACUUGCCGUAUGUGAAAUCGUUGCCCUCUUUGACGAGAUACUUCAAUGAAUCUGCGCAAGGCCAGCAACUCCAGCCGAUUCAGCAACCCCCGGUGCAGCCAGUUCAUCACCAUCCACAUCCAAUCAGGCCGCCGCUGAGUUCGCUGGCUUCGCUUCAGAGAAUGACCCCAUUAACAAACCCUGCAUCGUUGAACGUUUCGCGAUCUCAGGUGUCGUUGUCUACCCUUGCACGAUCGUAUUCGAACACAGAUCUUGAAGAGGCUGGAAAGUAUCAGCCUCCCCAAAUGUACUACAAGAAGUCCAGGCCGAACUCGCCCUUGCUACCGAAGUCACCAAGCACGGCUUCGUUCUCGCAAUCGUCCUCUUACUCGAAUUUGAACCAUAUGUAUCAUCUUCACCAGAAGGAUUCUUCUAACGCGUUGCACCUAUUGGCCGGUCUGGGAAACCAGAUGAUGCAUCAUCAGACUCCAGAUGUGACUCCGUUGCAGACUCCUUCGGUUUCGCCAAAAUUGGCACCAGUGGGAUCUUCAACGGCACUUCCAUCCCUCAGGAGUCUGAAGCUUGAUUUUCCAGAGGACAUACCCAUCUACCAACAACAGCAACUAGGCCAGCAGGUGCCUCAAGGUAUGAAAAGUCACCAACCACAGCAGAUAAAGCCUCAACAGAACACAUCAGCCUCUUCAUCGGUUUCAUCGCACUCUAAGCCCAUUCCGCUUACACCAGGAACCCCUACGACGGGAUCCUCGAUUCCCUUUGGCUCUUAUAGCAGCAAUGGUUCUCCACAGCAAAAGAGGUAUCCGUGA